AUGGCGAUGAGUCGGAUUAGAGGCGCCUUUGCGGUGCCUAGGAAAGGAGAGACGUUCGAAUUGCGAGCUGGUCUUGUAUCCCAAUAUGCCUAUGAACGAAAGGAGUCUAUUCAGAAGACCAUCAUGGCCAUGACUCUGGGCAAAGACGUCUCCGCCCUUUUCCCGGAUGUGCUGAAGAACAUUGCGACAAAUGAUUUGGAGCAGAAGAAGCUCGUAUACCUUUAUUUAAUGAAUUAUGCCAAAUCCCACCCGGACCUCUGUAUUCUCGCCGUCAACACCUUCGUACAAGACUCCGAAGACCCCAAUCCGCUGAUUCGAGCGCUCGCAAUCCGCACUAUGGGAUGUAUCCGCGUGGACAAGAUGGUGGAUUACAUGGAGGAGCCCCUGCGGAAGACCCUUCGCGACGAAUCGCCGUAUGUCCGCAAGACCGCUGCGAUCUGCGUGGCCAAGCUGUUCGACUUGAACCCUGGCAUGUGCUUGGAGAAUGGCUUCCUGGAGAUGCUGCAGGAGAUGAUCGGAGACCCCAACCCCAUGGUGGUCGCUAAUUCCGUGACGGCACUCUCCGAAAUCCACCAUGCCGCUCCAGAGACCAACGCCCUCCAGGUCACCACUAACACUCUGCGCAAACUGCUGAUGGCCCUGAAUGAGUGUACGGAGUGGGGUCGAGUGACCAUUCUGACCACCCUGGCGGAGUACAAGACACUGGAAGUGACCGAGUCGGAGCAUAUCUGUGAGCGCGUUGCGCCCCAGUUCCAGCAUGCCAACCCCAGUGUCGUAUUGGCGGCUGUCAAGGUGGUUUUCUUACAUAUGAGGAACAUCAACCCUGAGUUGUCGAAGAACUAUUUGAAAAAGAUGGCCCCUCCUCUUGUUACCCUGGUCUCCUCCGCUCCUGAGGUGCAGUAUGUUGCCCUGAGAAACAUUGAUCUAUUGCUGCAGAAACAGCCGGAUAUUCUGAACAAGGAGCUCCGAGUGUUCUUCUGCAAAUACAAUGACCCGCCCUAUGUGAAAUUCCAGAAGCUCGAAAUUAUGGUUCGGAUAGCCAACGAUCGCAAUGUUGACCAGCUACUGUCGGAGUUGAAGGAGUAUGCCCUAGAGGUGGAUAUGGACUUUGUUCGGCGCGCUGUUAAGGCUAUCGGACAAGUGGCGAUUAAGAUCGAGAGCGCGAGCGAGAAGUGUGUCAACACAUUACUGGACCUGAUCAACACCAAGGUGAACUAUGUGGUGCAGGAGGCGAUUGUGGUGAUCAAGGAUAUUUUCCGGAAGUAUCCUGGCUACGAAGGCAUCAUUCCCACGCUUUGCAAGUGCAUUGAUGAGCUGGAUGAGCCCAAUGCUCGGGCCGCUCUGAUCUGGAUUGUGGGUGAAUACGCCGAGAAGAUCAGCAAUGCUGGUGAUAUUCUCGGCGGAUUCGUAGAAGGGUUCAACGAGGAAUUCUCUCAGACUCAACUGCAAAUCCUGACCGCUGUCGUGAAACUCUUUUUGAAGCGGCCUGAGAAAGCUCAGGGGCUUGUGCAGAAGGUGCUUCAGGCGGCCACCGCCGAGAAUGAUAACCCUGACGUUCGUGAUCGUGCCUAUGUGUACUGGCGGUUGCUCUCCAACACUAGCGAUCCGGGGGCUACCAAGAACAUUGUGCUAUCUGAGAAGCCUCCCAUUGUGACCACGAUCCACUCUCUGCCUCCCGCGCUUCUCGAACAACUGCUCGCCGAGCUUUCCACGCUCGCAUCGGUCUACCACAAGCCACCGGAGCAGUUUGUCGGCCAAGGCCGAUUCGGUGCGGAUGCCGUGCAAAGAGCCGCCAUCGAGGAACAAAUUCAAAAUGCACGAGAGAACCCACUGGCUGCUGCCGCCGCUGCCGCGGCAGUUACGGGUAAGACGCCGCCUCCACAGACCCAGAACAAUGUGGAGAACCUGCUGGAUAUCGACUUUGAUGGCACGGCACCGGCCUCGGCGCAUAAGGAGCCCGGCGGAGGCAUGUCUGGCCUCGAGGGUCUUGCCGGCACGCCCGUCCGGGUCGAGUCUCCUGCGGCGGGGGCUCCGGCCGGCAGCAAUAACCUGGACGAUCUUCUCGGGGUGUUUGGCGACGGCGGAAGCGCAGGGGGUGCGGCGGCCAGCAGUGCUACUCCCAACGGCGGUGCUGGUGCCGACCUCAUGAAUGGGUUUGCUGGACUCGAUCUGUCGGGCAAUAAUACCACGUCGCCACCACCUGGAGGGAGUCAGCCGAAGAAAACCAAUGAGGAUAUUUUGUCCUUGUUUUAG